UAAUACCAUCUCACACAUACACACACACAAGUACAGUCGCAAGUUGUUCGAAAGAAACGCCAUUCAAAAAUCAAAAAGUGGACUCCAGUGGGAACAGGAGUAUAUUUACACAAAUAAGCCAUUAAAAAGCCUGAGGAACUGUUAACCCUCGGUGCCAUCUAGAUCGAACCCGAUGUCGUAGCGGGAAGACGGCGAAAUGCAACCCAAAAUGAUAAAUCCAAUUGCAUCCGAGUCGGAGGCUAUCAAUUCGGCCACAUAUGUGGAUAACUACAUCGAUUCGGUGGAGAACCUGCCCGACGAUGUACAGCGCCAGUUGUCCCGCAUCCGGGACAUCGACGUUCAGUACAGAGGCCUUAUACGGGACGUAGAUCACUACUACGACCUGUAUACGUCGCUGCAGAGCUCCCCGGACGCCGGACGCAGAAUGCGAACUAUUUCCCGAAUGCACCAAAGCCUCAUUCAGGCCCAGGAGCUCGGUGACGAGAAAAUGCAGAUUGUGAACCACAUGCAGGAAAUUAUCGACGGAAAACUGCGGCAACUGGACACGGACCAGCAAAAUCUGGACCUUAAGGAGGAACGUGAGCGCUAUGCUACGCUUCUGGAAGAUGGCCAACCAACUAAGCUUCAGCGGCUGCAGAGUCCCAUGAGAGAACAGGCCAACCAAGGCAUGAGCGGUGGAAACGGCGGGGUGAAUGGCAACGGUUUGCCAUACCAAGCCAAGGAUCACUACGGUCUGAACAGCUAUGGUGGCGUGGUUCAGGGCUCAGGUGCCAUAUCUUCCGGCAAUGGUGGCAGAUCCACGCCCAAUUCCGAGCGCUCCAGCCAUGUCAGCAAUGGUAACAACGGCUCUACUGGAAACAUCAAUGGCGGAGCAGGCGGGGACUUACAGCGUACGGGUAGCAAGAGGUCGAGGAGGCGGAAUGAGAGCUUAGUAAACAACGGAAGCUCUUUGGAGAUGGGCGGAAACGAGUCUAACUCCGCUAACGAGGCCGGAGGCAGUGGAAGCGGAGGAGGAAGCGGAGAACGUAAAUCUUCACUUGGAGGCGGUGGUGGUACUGGUCAAGGACGCAAGUCCAGUCUCCAAGCUGCAGGUGGUAGCCUAGCCAGUGGAUCCGCGGGUACAAGCAGCGGUGCCGGAGCUGGAGGAGCCGGAGCCAGUGGAAGUGGGGCCGCUGGAGGCGGCGGUGGCAACAAUUCUGGCAAGAAAAAGAAACGCAAGGUGCGUGGAGCGGGCGCCUCAAAUGCCAACACCAGUACACGAGAGGAGACACCGCCUCCGGAGACAAUUGACCCAGAUGAGCCGACCUACUGUGUCUGCAAUCAGAUAUCUUUCGGCGAGAUGAUUCUCUGCGACAACGACUUGUGCCCUAUUGAAUGGUUCCACUUUUCGUGCGUUUCUCUGGUGCUCAAGCCCAAAGGCAAGUGGUUCUGCCCGAACUGCCGAGGCGAACGACCCAAUGUGAUGAAGCCCAAGGCACAGUUCCUAAAGGAACUGGAGCGCUACAACAAGGAAAAGGAAGAAAAGACCUAGAGUUCAAUUCUUCACUGAAUCUACAUCAUUGCUCUGUGUCAAACACCAGGCUCUGUAAAUUAUUCGAUCCUAAGAUUUACCCUAGUGUACAUUUAGUCUACUCGUCUACCCGUCCCUGACUAUAUCCCUGAUUUCAUUUACUUCUCCUAGUUAAAUAAUCUGCGUGUGGUUUAAGGCCCCUCAGUUUCCUUUUGCUGUUUCUGUACAAAUUAUUCCUUUCGCUUUGUAAACAAACACACAAUCACACUCGUACAUUUAGAGAACACCUAAACUUAAUUUACGCUAAUAAACGUUGAUAUUCAAAA